AAUCAAACUGGAUUUUAGUACACCCAGCUUUACCAUCAAGUGCCCAGAUGGCGUGCGUGCCGUUUAUUUUGUUUAUGGGACUUCCGUCAAAAAUCCGUGGCCAUAUUUUGCGUGAAAAUCUUUUAAUUCCCAUUUCCCUCAUCUAAAUGUUACUUUUAUUUGUGAAACAGUCCCUCUGUGGUUUUCACCGUCGCCACUUCACCGAAUUGUGCCUCGCGGUGAUGUGAAUCUACUUGCCCAAGUGUUCCGCGUAUUCGGUUUUAUUUUGUUUUCGUGGGCGGGGUAAGUGAUUGUGCUCCGCUGUGAAUUUUCUCCGAUUUUCACGCAAUUCCCGUGGCGUGAAGACGGCGAGAGAGUCACUGGUUGGCGGUGCGUUGCUGAGGAAAAAUGGAGGAGGAGGACCUGUCGCCGCAGAAGCAGUACACAAAGUUCUCCGAUGAUGAUCUCGUGAAUUUGUGCCAGCGGGCGAAUCUGGUCCGGUCCUACCACACGCCCCCUUGGGAUUUGAAGGCGCGGAACGAGCCUGAGAGCACCAUCAAGCAUGCCAAACACAGUGUCAAAGGUGUAGGAAAGAGCGUGUCCAACGGUCAGGAGUCUUGGGGUCGAGAUUCCGGCGCCAGAGACCUGUCCCCGGAAGUUCUGAGGGCGCCCACAUCCAGCGAGGCUGGCAGUCAGAUAACCGAGAGCGAAGUGGCGAACUGCUCAAUUGUGGAUCUAGCCAAUAAGUUCCACGCUUCCGCCAUGUCAGCUCUCAAGACAGAAGUCAUGGACCUCACGGAGAAGCUCAAGAGCGCCAUCAAGGGCCAGGAGACGCUGCAGAAGGAGCUCUCCGAUGCACUGGAGGACAAAGACCGCUCCCGAAGGCGGCUCGAGGUAAUAAGUUCAGCCCAUGAAAGCCGCCUGACUGAGAUGCAUUGUGUCAUCGUUGAGCUGAACAAGAAGCUGAAGCGCUACGAGGAGAGAUCAAUCCUCGAGGAACAGGAGCCCGAAGAAAGUGUGUCGGAAUUGAGUUUCCAGGAGGGUUCCGUGUACAAUUCAGAGCUCGAUGGCCAAGGUGGAGAGUAUGAGCUCACGGAUCAUCUGGAAGUGAAGUCUGAGCAACUGGAGAGGCUUACAAACUUAGACGAUCUGGGCCAAAUGCCACCUCAGACAUCGAGUUCUCAAUUGGAAAUGCUUCAGGAGGAAAUCCUACACUUGCGAGGUCAAGUGGCGCUUCUGCAGUCACAUUUGGCAUCCAGUGCCAAUCUGAAAAGUCUCGAGGUGGGAAAUUGUGACAGUCUGGAGCCACUUCAGGAGAAUCUUCCUACAAACCAAAGACUCCCGGCAAAGUUCAGUAAUCCUGAGUUAGCUAAGAAAUCCCCAAACUUUGGAACCUACAAUUCCAUGAAGAGCCAGAAGUUGCAGGAGUUCAGCAAUGGUCCACCGAUCGCCAAAGUGGCUGAGAGAGUGAAGCUGAGGAAGACGGCGGAGCGAAGUGGAACGAAUACUCCUGACAUGCUGGCUGAGGAUUUCCCGAUGAUGGCCGAACACCUCAUGGCGGAUCUGCUGCACGAUCCCAAGGCGGAGGGAGACGAGCUGGAAAACUUGCAGAUCUCGAAUAUCCUGGAGAUUGAGCGCCUACACAAUUGUAUAGAACACCUGAAGGCGCAGAACGCCCUGCUCUCGCUGACGCUCAACGAGAGCAAGUCUCACUGUGAUCAGCUGUAUCUGCUGUGCGGAAAAUACGAAUCCAAUGCCAUUGCUCUGCAGCAGGCGCUCAAUUUCAGCGAUCGCACCAUCGAGGCGUACGACGUGAUGCUGGCCCUCUUCGAGAGUCGCCUCGAUGUGCUGGAGAAUAAUCCGGCGGGCCAGAAGAAUCGCCAGGAUGCGGAAAAUGUUGCCCGUCAUUUGCUCAAUCACUUGGAGAGUGAGAAGAACCUUCCCGAUCACAGCCUGGGGCCCUGGCAAGACGCCUCUCUCAUCUACUCAUCCAGUGAUGACAAUUUGACCCCCUGGUCGAAGGAGGAUGACUUUCGUCUGCGUGAGCAUAUCUCCAAGUUGAAGGGCAACCGCGCUCGCGUCCAGAACACCACAGUUGUCCUGCAGUCGCCGUACUACUGCGAGGAGACUGGGGACUUCCAGGCGGCAAUGGUGGCGUCCAGUGUGGCCAAAGUGGCGCACGAGGAUAAGAGGACGAAUAUGGAAGUGGCGGUGCUGAUGCAGGAACUGAUGAACAUGCGUGAAGAUAUGACGGAGGUGAAGUUCCGCGCCGAGAUGUCCGAGAAGGAGAAACGAUACGCCGAGGAGAGCCUGAUGACUGUUCAGAAGGCACUGACGCAACUCCAGGCGCAGUUCACCCACAACGAAGCCCUCGUGUCCAAGUCCAACAGCGAGAAGCUGGCGUGCUCCGACACGGAGUACGUGGAGAACAUGGAGAGGGAACUGGUGCAGGCAUUCGCGCGGGAAUCGCGACUCAAGACCAGACUCCAGAGACUGGUGGAAAGCGUCACCACGGCUAUGAAGUCGUCUGAAGGGAAGAAGCCAUCGAAGUAGAGCACAGUAAAUUUUGCUGCAUUUCACACUACUUGAGUGGACAAAGAAGAAAACACCCUUUUAGCGAUAUGGAGAGAGAGAAACUACCUAAUGUAUAUUACAAAAGGAAAAAACACAAAAAAUAUCAUAGAAAGUGCAUUUCUGUUGCAAUUGUAAGACUUGAUAUUUAAGAAUGGUUCCCGAGACAAAACCCAGUAUUAUCUCACAAAAGGAAUGAAUUGUAUCAGAAGUGAGUUCCUAUCAUGUGGAAAAUGCAUUUGUAGGACCUUUUCGCGUGCAUAGGCUUUCGAAUAAGAGACAAAAAGGAAUAUAAAUAAAAAAAAAUCUAAUUUUGCAUUUAAAGCAGCUUGCACUGUGCGAGAUAAGAAAUUAUAUUGACAAGAAAAAAGUGUAAAACUCACGAGCAACUGACGAAGAAAGUGUUAUAGAAAAUAGCUUUUGUGAUGCAAGUCAAUAAUUGCCAUAUAAAUUAUUUGAGACCUACAAUAAAUGCUAAAAGUUAA